AUGGGCGGAGGGCAAUCCGUGACCGGCGCCCGCGGGUGGACCCAAAGCCAUGCUGUGCUGCUGCUGCUGCUGCUGCUGGUGCUGCUGCAGCAGGAUGCUGCUGCUGCUGCUGCCGCUGCCAUCGCGGAACAGACCGUGCUGCUGCUGAUGCUGCUGCUGCUGCUGCAGCUGAUGCUGCUGCAGCUGUUGCUGCAACUGCUGCUGCUGCUGCUGCAGCUGCUGCUGCUGCUGCUGCUGCUGUUGUUGCUGCUGCUGUUGAUAGUGCACGUGGGGCUGGCUGUAGAGGGGCCCCUGCUGCACAAGUGUCACCUGUGGUGCAGCCUGGCGAGGCUGCGGCUGCGGCUGCUGGGGCCGGUGGUGGUGGUGCUGCACCUGUUGCUGGGACCACUGCUGCUGCUGCUGCUGCUGCUGCUGCUGCUGCUGCUGCUGGUCCCAUGGCAAAGCGUGUGGCUGCAGCAUCUGAAGCUGCUGCUGUGGUUGUAUCUCCCGCUGCCUUUGAGCCUGCCGCUGCUGCUGUAG